AUGACUGAGACCAACAAAUUCCACAUCCGAGAAGUAUGCCAGAACCCGACGGAUGGCGACUUUAUAGUCGCCGCGUUCGAUUCAGCGCUGCCUCACUUGGCCUCAAGUGGGAGUGGUGACCAGUGGGGCUCAACACCAUUUUCCGAGAGGGCCGACUAUCGCCAGCGCAUUCACGACAGCGUUCCACUGUCAGAAGCCUCCCGCCUUAAUCAGGAGGCUAGCGAACAUGGGAGGCUAUUUAUCGCCGAGGUAGAGACGGACAAUGGAUCGGACCUGCAAGGAUUAUCAUCUCGGGUGGACGACCAUGGAAAUCGCUUCCUCUCGGUUGGAGCUGCCUUCGUGAGAGAAAAUUGGUGGGCCGGCUAUCUCAAAGCUCACAACAGCACCAAGCCAAUCUACGAGAAUGCCAAAACCGAGGGAACUUUCUGUUAUGUCGAAAUGUUGAUAUCGGAUUUUCGAACAGGCACAGCACGGAAAGGGGCUGGUGCAGCGCUGCUCCAAAGAGCGAGGGCUUACUCGAUUUCAAGAGGAGCCAAGGCGUUAUACCUGGACUGUUGGGCUGGGAAUGGCGGGACCCUUGUCAAAUUCUAUACUGGGCAAGGGUUCAACAAAGUUGCCGACUUUUCCAUCGAGAGGCCUGACUCCGAUGGAUGGCCAGGAAGUCUUCUCAAGCUGGAACUUGGAACUUGA